CGACAGGGUUCGUAGCAGACAAAGGUCUCACCACAGCCACAGUUUCACAUCACUCAAGUGACAACAUCCACCAGAACAGCAUCGAAGACGAGAAUGGGGAAGUUGGACGGAAGGGGCAUGUGGAACUCCUUACUUCUGCUCUCAACUCUCUUUGCCACCUGCUACACUCAGCAAAUUCCAGAGAUUACAACAACUUUCGUGAUUCUGUCUGAGGAUCUACUUCCAGGAGAUUUUGCAUUCAAAAUAGAGGCAUCUGAUCCAGACAAUGACCCUCUGACCUAUGAGAUCAAAAACGACAACGGUAUUUUCUCUGUGAACGUAAAUACCGGUGACGUCUACCUCAGAACUAAACUCGACCGAGAGACCAACCCCCGCUUUGUUGUAAUAGCCUCUGUUUCGGAUGGGAUACUUGAACCGACUGAAAAACCUAUUAACAUCGUUGUGAAUGACACAAAUGACAACAAGCCGACGUUCAUAAAUGGGCCGUACAACAUAAACAUCAAAGAGAACACCGCUGUGGGCACUACAGUGUUGCAUGUGACAGCCACAGAUCCUGAUGAGGGACCAGCCGGGACGGUCUCAUACAAAAUCGAUCAGUCCAUCCCGGUUGAAGGAUUCAAUGUGUUCUCCAUCUCAAAAAAAGGAGUUGUUGUGUUGGAGGAAGCGCUUAAUUUCACAGAGAAGAGCCCGUUUUAUCAGCUACAGAUCAAUGCGACGGACGGCGGAGGACCAUAUUUGGGCAAUCCCUACUAUGUUCAGUGGGCUGUCGCAACUGCCUUCAUUACAAUAGUAGAUAUACCAGAUCUCAAUCCUCAGUUCUUAAAUCUCCCAAACACAGCUAGUGUGAAGGAGCAUUCAGUUGUGGGGACGUCCGUGUUUAAGGUUGUGGCCAGAGAUCCAGACACGGGGAUCAAUGACAUCAUCAGUUAUACCAUUGAAGACAGCACUGCAAACGGUCUGUUCCAGAUCGAGUCGGAUACUGGCAUUGUUAGGGUCAUGAGCGACAUUGACCGAGAGGCUUUAGUGGACAUUGAAGCUAUUGUGCAGCUCACUGUGAAGGCCACUGAAGCUAAUCUGAACGUGAACGGCAUUCACGCGAGCACCACAUCGAUGCUUAAUAUCCAUAUCGACGAUUUGAACGACAAGCCGCCGCUGUUUUACAAGUGCGAAGGAGACACAGAAGUGUGCAUAGAAACAAGAGACUUCAGCGGUGAAGUGGAUGAGCAUGCAUCUGUCGGUCUGUCCAUCACAGGGUUAAACAUGAGGGUCAAAGAUGCAGAUGCGGGCGAGAACAGCCGCUUCCAGCUCACCCUCGAAGGAACAGAUAAAGACGCCUUUUCUGUCUCACCCAAAAACGACAUGUCAGACCGAGUCGUCCAGAUCCUGAUCAAAGACCCAACCGCCGUUGACUACGAGAAAAAACAAACCAUGAUUGUGCAGGUGGUGGCCACAGAUGUCGGAGAACCUAAAUUUGUGUCUACAGCUACGGUCACCAUUAAAAUCAACGACAUCAAUGAUAACAUCCCAAAAUUUGGAAAAGACACUUAUGCAUUAUCAAUUCCAGAAAACUGUGAAAAUGGAACCAUCUUGGAAACCAUUACGGCGACAGAUGAAGACGCACUGGACAACAACAAGCUCACCUACACACUGCUCCCUGAUAGCAUACUGCUUGUAUUUAAUGUCUACUCAACCAACGGAAGCAUUUACGUGAAAAAUGGAAAAGAGCUGGACCGUGAGCGCAGGAACUUGUACUUUGCAACUCUGCAGGCCAAAGACUCAGUGGGGAAUGUGGGCACCACUGUUCUGGAGAUCACUGUUGAUGAUGUUAAUGACCAGACACCACAGUUUCUCCAAAAUCCAUAUCAGAUCUUCAUUCGCGAGAACAACGUGCUGAACACUUAUGUCGAGGCUCAAGAUAACGACGAGCCAGGCACUCCCAACAGCGCAAUCAAGUACGGCAUUGAGCCCGGGGAAUACAGUAGCAACUUCACAAUCAAUAAGGAUACAGGGGAGCUAACCAGCAAAGGGGCUCUGGACCGUGAGGCCAUCGAUGUCAAGCUGAAAGGAGUGAUCACACUCAACAUAACAGCCACAGACAUGGGCACACCAGCUCUGUCCUCUUGGGUCAAAUUCAUCAUCAACGUUGACGAUGAAAAUGACAACUCACCUGUGUUCCUAAAAUCGGAAUACACCUUUAGUGUGAACGAAAGUUUAACAGGCGCCUUUGUGGGUUUUGUGUACGCAACCGACGCUGAUCAAACCGAAUACAACAACCGCAUAUCUUUCCGCAUUAUAAGUGGCAGCGGAGGCACCUUCCUGUGCGCGUCAGAGCCUGAUGGUGCAGACUACCGAGGGAAGAUCAUGGUGGAUCCAGAUGUAGCGCUGGAUUUCGAGAGUGAAAACAAGAAGUACACGCUGACAGUCGAGGCCACAGAUCUGAACAACAAUGCUGCUACCUGCAUGGUGUAUGUAGUGGUGGAAGAUGUAAACGACACGCCGCCUAGUUUCCCUAGCGGGAUAACGUUUAAGGUAGAGGAGAAUACGGCGGCAGGGACGGAAAUUGGUAAAAUUGUUGGGAGCGACCUGGACACGCACCACUUUCUGGUCUACGAGCUUGUUUCUUUCACAUGCCUCAUCAACCUCACAUGGGUUCCGUGUAAGGAGCAAUGGUUUGUUCUUAAGAGCGACGGGACCGUGAUGACUGCAGAGGGCAUAACGAUCGACUACGAGGAGUGCCGUCAGGUAAAAAUGACCGCUAAGGUGGUGGACCUUUACACGGAGAAGGGCAGAAAUAGCACAGAAGGUGUUGUCCUGAUUGAUAUUAUUGAUGUGAAUGACAACGCACCCGAAUUCAUUCCGGUCCAGGAAUUUUUUGUACUGAUCUCUGAAAACAUUGAUCAAGACAAGAGUGUGGCCCGAGUUUAUGCCAAGGACAGAGAUUCUGGAGACCAUAAGAAGAUUAAAUUUAAGGUCAGUUUAGUGGAGUUUGUCAGCAACAACCCGGAAGACAAGCCUCAGCCGACAAGCCUCAUUUUCAAAGCUGAUACCGAGCAACCCGACGCUGAAGACAACUACAAAGGAAUUAUCAAGUCCACUAACAUCCUGGAAGCCGACAAACAGGGGAAAUACCUGGUGACCGUGACGGCGGAAAACGGCAUUCUGAGUACAAACGAGAUACUGGAGCUUGUCACAGUGGACAAGACGUACAAAGUCGGCCUCCGAUUUGAUUCAUCCGUAAUCGAAGUCAACGAAAACCUGCCUUACAUCAGAGGGGCCUUGUCCGGAGCUACAAAAGCAAUGGUGCAUAUUGUUAAAGUGUCACCCGCUUCAAAUGACGCCACACGGAAAGUCAUGACCCUUCUAGAGGCAUACUUUGUGUACGUGAACGGGACGGCGCUCAACUCGGACGACGUGGGGAAGAUCCUGAACUCUCAGGAAGUGUAUGAAGAGUACGGCGUCGUCUUGCAGCAGUACGGUCUCACUAGCAUUUUGGCCAGCACAGAGAAGCCACAAGAAAACAACACGGUGUUGUUCAUCAUGGUGGGACUCGUGGCAGGGCUGGUGAUCGUCCUGAUUGUCACCACGACAUCGAUGGUGUGCAUUAGGAAAAAGUACAAGACUAAGUUGAAGGCAGCUAAAGCCAUGAACACAGCAACCAUGGAAGCUACUGAGUACCAGAAGGACGGACCUGUUGUUCCUGGAACCAACAAGUACACAAGAGAAGGGGCGAACCCGGUCCUCAACCUGAACAUUGAUGCUUCCACAGACCUGGGUUUUGAUGAGGAGGCAUCCAGUGCAGAAAGAGAGAGCCUCAAUUCUCUGGACUACAACAUGGAUAUGAAUAUGACUGACAAGGACACCAUGGCUAUGAAGAGCAUUGAUGAAGAACAGGAAUAUGGUGACAACUCUUCCUACAUCGAGCCUCUGGGUGCAGCGUUGGCUCAAAGAGGGAGGAAGAAAGUCUCACAGGGUGUCAGCCUCACUUUCGACAACCCGUCACUCGACAUGACAGACCUGUAACACACCUUCACUGUGCUCUGAGCUGAAACUGGAUGCACCACCACUCUGUUCUCAGCCCAAAAGGCCAAUUCUGUCAGCGUAAUUUUGCACAAGGGGUUCCUGUGGGUUCACAUGAUAGCUUCUCUGAAAGCAUGCUCUUACGUUCUCAAAGCAAUUUUUAGCAAAUGCCAUCACAAUAAAAAGCAUCAAUUCAUGUGAACGUCAUGCAUUUUGUUUCGAAAUAUAAACUGUCUGAUUGGGUGCAUAUUCUCUUUAUAUUGGAACAUUAUCUUAACAUUAUACUUAUUUGAUACUGGAUCGUAGAAUUUAGUAAUGCUUUCAAAUAAUCUUAAAAAUCCACAGUGCUGCGGUGUUUCACGUGCAGUAGAAGAGAAAAAAGAGAAAUGAUCAUUUCUCCUUCCCCAUUUCUCCUUCAUCUGCACUGUAAAUCACUUUAUCAUAUUUUUUUAUUUUAAUUAUACUUGGCUACAUCUUUCUUUUUAUGUAUGUUUUGAUUUGAUGAUUGAUGUAUUGUUUUUUUUUCUAUGACAUUCCCAUCAUUCUCGUAAUCUUGUAUGACGUUUAAGAGUUUAAUCCUUAUUGGAAAUAAAUAUUUAUACCACA